AUGUUCCGCACUUCCGUCAUCAAGGCAGCUCGCCUUCCCGCCACCAAGCGCUGCUUGUCUACCUCCAUGCGCGCCAUGUCUGCCGGCGACGCUGGCUCUGGAUCUUCGCGCGCGGGCGGUGUUCGCAGCGGUGACGCUUUCACCAAGCGCGAGACCGCAGCCGAGGAGAUGUACAUCAGGCAGGAGGAGAAGGCCAGACUCCUUGCGAUCCGCCAAAAGCUCCAGCAGCAGCAGAAGCACAUCGAGGAGCUCACCAAGCACAUCGACGAGGUCACCUCGCAGGAGGGCGGCCAGGGCGAGCAGCCCGGACAGGGAGGCAAGCAGUAG